AGAAGAUGAAUCCAUUGGCGGCCAAUAAGAAGGUGAUCAGGAGAAGGUCUCCUACUCCCAAGAAGGUUCAGGCUAAAGGUGAAGGUUCUAGGAGGGAGUAUGGGUGUGUUGAUGAAAACUCCAUAGCUAUGAGGAGAGCUCGAGAACUUCAAGCAAAUCUUUCACCUCAAUUUCCUAGUGUAGUGAAGUUCUUGCUCCAUUCUCAUACUGCUAGGGGAUUUUGGUUGGGUCUGCCAAAAGAUUUCUGCACUUCUCAUCUGCCAAACCAUGAUACUGCCAUUAUUUUGGUGGAUGAAAAUGGAAGAGAAACAGAGAGCAAGUACCUUAUUGAGAAGCAUGGCCUGAGUGGUGGAUGGAGAGGAUUUUCCCUCCAACACAACUUGGUUCCCGGGGAUGUUGUAGUUUUUCAGCUGAUCCAACCUCUCAAGCUUAAGGUGUACAUUGUUCGGGCAAAUGACUCGGCAAAUAUUGCCGGUGCUAUCAGCCUUCUGGAUUUAAGUCCUUAUGCACACCCAAUUGAAACUGAGGGUUUACUGCUGGAAGGUGAUGAUAUUGAGGAAAAUGUUCUGAGAAUUGAAGAUGCUCCAGAUCAGUUAACCAGAAUAGAGCAUGAAGGUGAGAAUCUGGAGAGAGAAGUCUCUACCUCAGACCACUUAUCUGCAGAGAAUGUGGUUGAGUUUUCACAGGUGAAAAACUUCGAGGAUUUUAAGGUUGUUGUCAACAACAUAAACAUAGAUUCUAAGAUCUCCGAAGAUACCAGGCUCAAGUACUACGAGCUGUGCCGUAGUCAAAACGCGUAUCUUCAUGAGCUUGAAGAGCCUGGAUUGAACUACACGCUAAUCGCCGGGGCAAUAACAGAAACUGUGAAAAUCGCCGAUGGCAUCAAAGCUGCCACGCUCGCAACGGGCCGUGAUGUUUUGGAAGUAUGGGAUACAACUCUGAUAGGGGUGGGGAAUUUCGGCAUGGAAGUGGGGUUCUUGCGCGGCAGGAUAAGCGAGCUGAUUAGGAUGUGCGAGGCCGCCGAAAUUGUUGCCGGAAAGGAGAAAGAAAAAGCCAUAGCUGAAGCGGAGAUGAAAGAUCUCUUGUACAAGGUGUCAAAGGUGAGUGCUGCGAUUAAAAAUUUAGAUGAGGAGAUCCAGGCACACAGCGGCGAGGAGAGGGUUGAGGAGGUUUUCAAGAAUGUUGCCAGUGCUAAUUGGUGA